AUGUUGAGAGCUAUUAGACCAAUGCCCACUGCCGCUCGUGCCGCUACCCGUGCUGUCCGUGCUGCCUCUACCAAGGCCAUCUCUACCCCUGCUAUCAUUGACCUCGAGAGCCGUUGGGAGAAGAUGACUGUUGAUGAGCAAGAAGACAUCAUCUCUCAGCUCGCUGAGCGACAAAAGGGCUCUUGGACUGAGCUUACUCCCCUUGAGAAGCGUGCUGCUUGGUACAUUUCUUACGGUACAUGGGGUCCCCGCAAGCCCAUCCACCCCAAGGGUGAGGUUGCUGAGAUCUUCAAGGGUGUCGGCCUCAUGGUUUUCUUUGGUGUUGUUCUCUUUACUGGUGCCAGACUCAUCUCUGAGGGUGAUGGUAUCACUGCCACCAAGGAAUGGGCUGAGGCUUCCCAUGAGAUUCUCAAGGAGCAGAAGGCCAAUCCUUUCAGAGGUUUCAACCAGGUCACCAAAUAA